GUUCUCUUUCUCACUGUCAUUCGAGUCUUACUUCGACGCACGUGAAGUUCAAAGUGCUCAAAGCUCUUUCGUCGGCAAAUUCCACCCGAAUUUCGAAAAAAUGUUGUCUGCGGCCCGUAUUUUCAGUCGUAAAGCCGUCGAGUGUUCCAAAUUGAGCUUCGACAUCACCGGCAAAAGGAAUUUCAGCCAUUUAACCAACAACGCCUCUUCGUUUUCUCUACACCCCAAAUAUGACAUCCAAACCCGCUUCAAAUCCGAAGGCGUCAAGGGCGCCGUUAUUGGCAUCGACUUGGGCACCACAAACUCCUGCGUUGCUGUCAUGGAAGGCAAACAGGCGAAAGUAAUCGAAAAUUCUGAGGGUUCUCGAACGACUCCGUCGAUCGUCGCGUUUAGUAAAGACGGGGAGAGGUUGGUGGGCAUGCCAGCGAAAAGACAGGCUGUUACCAACUCCGCCAACACUUUUUAUGCCACGAAGCGUCUGAUCGGGAGAAGAUUCGACGACAACGAAGUCAAGAAAGACAUGAAUAAUGUGUCUUACAAAAUCGUGAAAGCGACAAAUGGGGACGCGUGGGUGCAAGGAAGCGACGGAAAAAUGUACUCGCCGAGUCAAAUCGGGGCUUUCGUACUGACGAAAAUGAAGGAGACGGCCGAGUCCUACUUGAACACGAAAGUAAAGAAUGCCGUUAUUACAGUUCCGGCGUAUUUUAACGAUUCGCAACGUCAAGCCACGAAGGAUGCGGGGCAGAUCUCUGGGUUGAAUGUUUUGAGGGUGAUUAACGAGCCCACGGCGGCGGCGCUGGCGUACGGCAUGGAUAAGACCGAAGAUAAAAUAAUCGCCGUCUACGACUUGGGUGGCGGAACCUUCGACAUCUCCAUCCUGGAAAUCCAGAAAGGCGUCUUCGAAGUAAAAUCCACCAACGGCGACACCUUCCUCGGCGGCGAAGACUUCGACAACGUCCUCGUCAACCACUUGGUCGCCGAGUUCAAGAAAGAACAAGGCAUCGACGUCACCAAAGACGCCAUGGCCAUGCAGCGCCUCAAAGAAGCAUCCGAGAAGGCCAAAAUCGAGCUCUCCUCGUCGCUCCAAACCGACGUAAAUCUACCAUACCUCACCAUGGACGCCUCCGGCCCUAAACACAUGAAUCUCAAACUCUCCCGUUCGAAAUUCGAGGGCCUCGUCGGCGACCUGAUCAAACGCACAGUCCAGCCGUGCCAGAAAGCCCUGAAAGACGCCGAAGUCGCCAAGUCCGACAUCGGCGAAGUCUUGCUAGUCGGAGGAAUGACGCGAAUGCCCAGAGUCCAGUCGACCGUGCAGGACAUCUUCGGGAAACAACCGAGCCGCGCCGUCAAUCCCGACGAAGCCGUAGCCGUCGGAGCGGCCGUCCAAGGCGGCGUUUUGGCGGGAGACGUCACCGACGUGCUCCUCCUGGACGUGACGCCGCUUUCACUGGGUAUCGAGACGCUGGGUGGCGUCUUCACCAGGUUGAUUUCGAGGAAUACGACGAUCCCGACGAAGAAAAGUCAGGUGUUUUCGACGGCGGCUGAUGGACAGACUCAGGUGGAGAUUAAGGUGCACCAAGGGGAGCGCGAGAUGGCCGCCGAUAAUAAGUUGUUGGGGCAGUUUUCGUUGAUUGGGAUCCCGCCGGCGCCACGAGGGGUGCCCCAGGUGGAGGUCACCUUCGAUAUUGACGCCAAUGGGAUCGUACACGUGUCGGCUAGGGAUAAGGGGACAGGAAAGGAGCAACAAAUCGUUAUUCAGUCGUCGGGCGGUUUGAGCAAAGACGAAAUCGAAAAUAUGGUCCGCAAAGCCGAAGAGUACGCCAAAGAGGAUAAAAUUAAAAAAGAAAGAGUGGAAGCGAUUAAUCAGGCUGAAGGAAUCGUGCACGAUACGGAAACGAAGAUGGAAGAAUACAAAGAUCAACUACCAAAGGAAGAGUGUGACAAACUGAAAGAGGAAAUCGGCAAAGUCAGGGAAUUGUUGGCCAAGAAAGACGUCGCUGACCCCGAAGAAAUCCGCAAAGUCACGAGCACACUUCAACAGUCUUCACUCAAAUUGUUCGAAAUGGCGUACAAGAAGAUGGCCGCUGAACGUGAAGGUAGCAGCAGCAGCGGCAGCAGCGGGAGCGCUUCCUCGGAGCAAACGGAAGAAACGAAAGAGAAGAAAGAAGAUAAAAAUUAAGUUAGCUAAUAGACAUUAGUACAUAAAUUGUGAUCAUGCCGAAUGUGGUACCGUUUUAGGUUCUUGUACUGUCAUUUGGCGAGUAAAUGCAUGUUCCAAUUAAAGAGACGGAUUUUGUUCUUAUUGGAGCCUCUUUAAUUGGAAUAAGUUGGAGAAGUUGUUGGUGCAUGUUGCGUGAUUGGAAGGACGGAAGUUUUAUUAUUUUCAAGUUGCUGUUACAAUAGUGAUACCUGUGACUAAUUUGUAUCUCGUUUGUCGAUUUUGUUGUAAAUUUUAGCGGAUAAUAAAUAAUGGUUUUGUAUGA